GAUAUUUUCCCGUGUACUGGACUCAGUUCUGUCCAACUACUCCACAAUGAUGAACCCGAAUAAAUUUCUCCCCCUUUCUCGAUUCUGCCGCUCUGUGAUGAAACCUUUGUGCCGAACGGCAUACGCCGACACACGCAAAAAUCUAUUGUUAGACAGCAACGUGAAGUUGAUAUGCCAAGGUUUCACUGGAAAACAAGGAACAUUCCACUCACAACAGACCCUAGACUACGGCACCAAACUUGUCGGAGGCGUAUCACCAGGCAAAGGCGGAUCACAGCAUCUCGGUCUCCCGGUGUUCAACACAGUCAAAGAAGCCAGAGAAGCUACCGGCGCUACCGCCACUGUUAUUUAUGUGCCGCCUCCAUUUGCUCCGGCGGCGAUUCUAGAAGCCUUAGAUGCCGAAAUUCCAUUAAUCAUUUGUAUUACCGAAGGAAUUCCACAACAUGAUAUGGUCCGGAUCAGGAAACGUCUUAUGCAGCAGUCUAGCUCACGAUUAGUUGGACCUAAUUGCCCUGGCAUAAUUAAACCAAAUGUGUGUAAGAUCGGAAUCAUGCCUGGCCAUAUACACACCCCAGGAAAAGUCGGUAUUGUCUCCCGCUCUGGCACUCUGACCUAUGAAGCAGUGUACCAGACUACACAGGAAGGUCUUGGGCAGUCGUUGUGUGUGGGGAUCGGCGGCGACCCAUUCAACGGAACCAACUUUACUGAUUGCUUGGAAGUGUUCCUCCAGGACCCAGGAACAGAGGGGAUAAUUUUGUUGGGCGAGAUCGGUGGGGAGGCGGAAGAAAAAGCUGCGGCCUAUCUGAAGGACCACAAUAGCGGUCCCAAUCGAAAACCAGUGGUCGCUUUCAUUGCUGGCGUGACUGCGCCGCCUGGUCGACGUAUGGGUCACGCAGGUGCAAUCAUUUCAAUGGGCAAGGGUGGAGCUAAAGAAAAGAUGGCCUCUCUGGAAGACGCUGGCGUACAUGUCACUGCUUCGCCCGCUCAACUCGGUGUCACUAUAUCUAAAGUUCUCCGAGAACGCAAAUGAUAACCACCGCACAAGGAUUUUCUUCGGUCUCUUUAUCUUCUUGCUGACCGUUGUGACCGGUGUGUGUACUUGACGUAAACCCGUAUUGUGGGAUUGUUUCUCCCUCGAUUCAACUCACUUUUAGCAAUAGAAAUUUCGAGCAAAGCACUUUGUGCGUUUACUGUUUUUAUCGAGAUACUCGCUGGCAAAACAGCACUCUUCUUAUUACUUUUCGAUUGACCUAUGUUGACCUAUUUUCAACGAAUUAACUCAAUUUAGUAAACACCAUAGAUCGUGUCACAUUAAUUUAACAAUUGAACUCCGAAGUUUGAAGUGGAUUUUAGCUGAA